UUAGGGUAACCCUAAACCUAACCCUCUGGCCAACAAUGUUAAUAAAAACAAAAACCUUUGCAGGAAAGACUUUCAAUGAAGCCACUAAUUUAUUAUUUUCGUCUCCAGGACUUAAAUCACUGGGCGGAAAAUCUGUGUUGGUGGAGAUUAUUCUGCCCUCUGCUGGUCAACAGAUGAACUGCAGGAAGUCAGAUUGAAGUAAUAUUCUGUCAUGAGGGCCUACGUCAUCACGUAAAAUAUGUUUUAUUCAAUGUUUAGUUUAUCUGUUUAUUAUAUAGAAUAAAUCAGGAAAUUAUUUGUUUCUUAAGUUUAUUCAAAUUAUAAAAUCAAGUAAACAUCUGUUCACUGCAAAUUAAAAUUAAAAACAUAUUGAAACAAAUGCAGAGAUAAAACCUAAGGUGGGGUUAAAUUAGAAUUACAGUCAUGAAAUAAAGUAUUCACACCCUUACUGAUUUCUUCUGUUUUUGUCUUUUUGUUCCAGUUAAAUGUUUCAGAUCCUCAAACUAAACUUAAUAUCAAAGAUAACCUGAUUAAAUACAUAAAGCAGUUUUCACACUAUGAGUUCAUUCAUUAAGGGAACAAAGGUAUCCAUGGCAACCGAAUCUAGACCUGAUUACCAGCAGAUCUACAGUAUCAAGCAUUAACUCUACAGAACCCAUCUGACAGCAUGAAGUAGGCUAAAGUAUCUCAAACCUCAACACAUUGGGUCUGGAUCUGAAGAAAUCCAGGAACAGAUGAGAACCAAAGUCACUGACAUCUAUCAGUCUGGAGAGGAAUACAGAGACCAGAGGAACCAGAAACCUGAACAGAACCACAUCAUCAUGUAUGAUGAUUUAUAACAUGCAUGUUUUUUCCUGUUUGACUUUGUUGACUAUAGUGAGGAAAGAAGAAUGAAGAGACUGAAUCAGAGCUGGAGCAGUUCUGGUGCUGAUUCUGAGCACUGAUUGGACUGAAGGCUUCAGUUCUGCUCUCAGUGGUUCCUCUCCAGCAGAACCACAGGAUUGAAUGAAUUAUUGGAUCAGCUGCUUCUGCAGGUUCUGACUGGAAACAUGAAAACAACCCAGGAAUGUUCAGAUUCAUCAAACAGAAAGAGUUCUGGGUUUUGGUGCCGUCAGAGUCCAGAGAGAACAGAACUUUCUUUGGUGUUCAGAUUGGCAGCAGGAAGCUGCUGCAGGUUAAUUAUUGAAAAUGUUGAAGUCAUAUAAAGUUACAGCAGCUGAUCUUUGACCUGAGCUGAACUUUAAGACUGAUUUCAGAGUGAAAGCAGCUUUCAGACUCAGAGGACCGAUGAAGGAGAAGAAGUCCAGGAGUUUCUCUUCUUCUACACAGACCUGGUCCAGACAGCAGAGAGCUGCAGAGUGAAGAAGUUCAUGAGAAGAAGCUGAAUGAAGGUAGAAGGUGUGAACUGAGCAGCAUGGAUCAGUGUGAGGACAGAGAGGACAGAGUCCCUCCUUCUAAAACCACUCUGUGUGGAGAACAUGAGGACCAGAGCAAAGUUCAGAGGAAACAAUCAGAACCAGAACCUGGACCUGGACCCAGCUGUGUGUCCUUAAAGAGCAACAAGUCAAAGGAUGAUUUUAUUGAUUUUAAAUCAGCUCAACGUUCAGCUGCAAACAGGAUCCAACAGACCCUCAAACCAGAACCAGAACCAGAACCCAGCUGUAUGUCCUUAAAGAGCAAUGAUUCAAUUUAUCGUCCUAUUGAUUUUAAAUCAGAUCAACCUUCAGCUGCAAAGAGUUUUUCCGGCCAUAGCAGCAGGGAAGCUCUUGUGGAAAUCCCAAUGGCCGAAUGUCUGCAUAGCGGGUUUUUUUCCUCAGUUUGUCAACGUGAACUUAAAUCUGGUCUGAAGAAGAGGUUCCAGUGUGUGUUUGAGGGGAUCGCUAAAGCAGGAAGUCCAACCCUUCUGAACCAGAUCUACACAGAGCUCUACAUCACAGAGGGAGGGACUGGAGAGGUCAAUGAUGAACAUGAGGUUAGACAGAUUGAAACAGCAUCCAGGAAACCACACAGACCAGAAACAACCAUCAGACAAGAAGACAUCUUUAAAGUCCCAGCUGGAAGAGAUCAGCCAAUCAGAACAGUGAUGACAAAGGGAGUGGCUGGCAUUGGGAAAACAGUCUUAACCCAGAAGUUCACUCUGGACUGGGCUGAAGACAAAGCCCACCAGAACAUCCAGUUCAUAUUUCCAUUCACCUUCAGAGAGCUGAAUGUGCUGAAAGAGAAAAAGUUCAGCUUGGUGGACCUUGUUCAUCACUUCUUUACUGAAACCAAAGAAAUCUGCAGCUUUGAACACUUCCAGGUUCUGUUCAUCUUUGAUGGUCUGGAUGAGAGUCGACUUCCUCUGAACUUCCACAACAAGGAGAUCCUGACUGAUGUUACAGAGUCCACCUCAGUGGAUGUUCUGCUGACAAACCUCAUCACGGGGAAACUGCUUCCUUCUGCUCUCCUCUGGAUAACCACACGACCUGCAGCAGCCAAUCAGAUCCCUCCUGAGUGUGUUGGCAUGGUGACAGAGGUCAGAGGAUUCAAUGACCCACAGAAGGAGGAGUACUUCAGGAAGAGAUUCAGAGAUGAAGAGCAGGCCAGCAGGAUCAUCUCCCACAUGAAGACAUCAAGAAGCCUCCACAUCAUGUGCCACAUCCCAGUCUUCUGCUGGAUCACUGCUACGGUUCUGGAGGAUGUGUUGGAGACCAGAGAGGGAGGAGAGCUGCCCAGCACCCUGACUGAGAUGUACAUCCACUUCCUGGUGGUUCAGACCAAAGUGAAGAAGGUCAAGUAUGAUGGAGGAUCUGAGACAGAUCCACACUGGAGUCCAGAGAGCAGGAAGAUGAUUGAGUCUCUGGGAAAACUGGCUUUUGAUCAGCUGCAGAAAGGAAACCUGAUCUUCUAUGAAUCAGACCUGACAGAGUGUGGCAUCGAUAUCAGAGCAGCCUCAGUGUACUCAGGAGUGUUCACACAGAUCUUUAGAGAGGAGAGAAGGCUGUACCAGGACAAGGUGUUCUGCUUCGUCCAUCUGAGUGUUCAGGAGUUUCUGGCUGCUCUUCAUGUCCAUCGGACCUUCAUCAAGGAUGGAGUUAAUCUGAUGGUAGACCAAAAAAACAUUUCUGCUUGGUCUAAAUUAUCUAAGAAACCAAAUCUAAAAAGUCUCCAUCAGAGAGCUGUGGACAAGGCCUUACAGAGUCCAAAUGGACACCUGGACUUGUUCCUCCGCUUCCUCCUGGGUCUUUCAGUAGAGACCAAUCAGACUCUCCUGCAAGGUCUGCUGACUAAGACAGGAAGUAGCUCACAGACCAACGAGGGAACAGUUCAGUACAUCAAAAAGAAGUUCAAACAGAACCUGUCUGCUGAGAAAAGCAUCAACCUGUUCCACUGUCUGAAUGAACUGAAUGAUUGUUCUCUGGUCCAAGAGAUCCAACAGUCUCUGAGUUCAGGAAGUCUCUCCACAGAUAAAAUGUCUCCUGCUCAGUGGUCAGCUCUGGUCUUCAUCUUACUGUCAUCAGGAGAAGAUCUGGAUGUGUUUGACCUGGAGAAAUACUCUGCUUCAGAGGAGGCUCUUCUCAGGCUGCUGCCAGUGGUCAAAGCUUCAAACAAAGUUCUAUUGAAGAACUGUAACCUCUCAGAGAGAAGCUGUGAAGUUCUGGCCUCAGUUCUCAGCUCCCAUUCCUCAAAUCUGAGACAGAUGGACCUGAGUAACAACAAGCUGCAGGAUUCUGGAGUGGAGCUGCUGUCUUCUGGACUGAGGAGUCCACACUGCAAACUGGAAACUCUCAGAUUGAAGAACUGUAACCUCUCAGAGAGAAGCUGCGAAGUUCUGGCCUCAGUUCUCAGCUCCCAGUCCUCUAAUCUGAGAGAGAUGGACCUGAGUAACAACAAGCUGCAGGAUUCUGGAGUGGAGCUGCUGUCUUCUGGACUGAAGAGUCCAAACUGCAAACUGGAAACUCUCAGAUUGAAGAACUGUAACCUCUCAGAGAGAAGCUGUGAAGUUCUGGCCUCAGUUCUCUGCUCCCAGUCCUCUAAUCUGAGAGAGAUGGACCUGAGUAAUAACAAGCUGCAGGAUUCUGGAGUGGAGCUGCUGUCUUCUGGACUGAAGAGUCCAAACUGGAAACUGGAAACUCUCAGAUUGAAGAACUGUAACCUCUCAGAGAGAAGCUGUGAAGUUCUGGCCUCAGUUCUCUGCUCCCGGUCCUCUAAUCUGAGAGAAAUGGACCUGAGUAACAACAAGCUGCAGGAUUCUGGAGUGGAGCUGCUGUCUUCUGGACUUAAGAGUCCAAACUGCAAACUGGAAACUCUCAGACUUAGAUCCUGUAACCUCUCAGGGAGAACUUGUGAAGUUCUGUCAUCAGUUCUUAGCUCCCAGUCCUGCUGUCUGAGAGAAGUUGACCUGCAGAAGAACAGCCUACAAGAUUCAGGGGAGAAGUUGCCGUCUGGUUCAGACUGUACACUGGAAAUAUUCAGGGAGCCUGAUGGAGUCCGAUGGUUGAAACCAGGUCUGAGGAAGUAUUCCUGUCAGCUCACAAUCGACACAAACACAGUGAACAGAAACCUCCAACUGUCUGAAGACAACAGGAAGGUGACAUGGAUGGAGGAGCUUCAGUCAUAUCCUGAUCAUCCAGACAGAUUUGAUUUUCCUCAGCUGCUGUGUAGUGAUGGUCUGACUGGUCGCUGUUACUGGGAGGUUGAGUGGAGAGGAUAUGUUUAUAUAUCAGUGAGUUACAGAAGAAUCAGGAGGAAAGGAUACAGUGAUGACUGUUGGUUUGGAUUUAAUGAUCAUUCCUGGAGUCUGAACUGCUCUGAUGAUGGUGGUUACUAUGUCUGGCACAAUAAAGAAGUUACAUCCACCUCCUCCUCCUCCUCCUCCUCCUCCUCCUCCUCCUCCUCCAUCUCUAACAGAGUAGCAGUGUAUGUGGACUGUCCUGCUGGUAUUCUGUCCUUCUACAGAGUCUCCUCUGACUCACUGAUCCACCUCCACACCUUCAACACCACAUUCACUGAACCUCUUUAUCCUGGAUUCUUGUUCUGGUCUCGUUCUGGUUCCUCAGUGUUUUUGUGUCCACUUCCAAGAUCAGAACCUCUGGCUACGUCUGGAUUAUCUCCAUCAAGCAAUGUUGGUGGUACAGCUGAAGCUUCAAAAGACCAAACUCGUGAUACUGAGGAAGAAAUGUCAGAAACAUCAGAGCUGAAGGAGUCUUCAUCAAGCUUCACACCUGAAAUGAAAACUGAAUAUUCACGGAUCUCAUACAGGUUCAAGUUUCCUGGUCCAGGAGUGUUCCAGUGUACUUUGACUAGACUGGUGUUUGUGAUGACCCAGGCGGCAGAGGUGCUGUACAGAACUGUAGUGUGGCCCGACGGCCUCCUGGAGACAGCUGGAAAAACCCCUGCAGGGAUGCUGUUCAACAUCAAGUGCUCUGAGGGUGCAAUCAGUCAGCUCCACCUCCCACACUGUGAGACAAAGGAGGCUUUGUGUUUUAAUAGAUUCCUGUCAGUCGCCCACAUCACUGAUGAUGAUGGAAUGAGCAUUCUGGAGCCAACAAAGAUCACAGAUACUCAUGUAUUGGUGAAUGUCCUCCACCUCUCUGCCUUUGGCCUCAUCUGGGAUACCCUCCUGAGGUUUCUCCACAUGAAGCAGCCAAUAAACUGCCAGGUCCUGUUGUUCCUCAGACCUCCAGGUAGAGUUCCUCCAACACUGGAUGUGCUGCUGCUACCGGGGAACAUUCCUCUGUCAGAGGUUUCUGCUCAGCAUGAAGAAUCUGAGCACAUCAAGGUCUCAUCUGAAUGUCUUCUCACUGCUGAUCAUAGCUACAGUGUACGUUGUGAACCUCAGGCCUUGAUAGAUCCUAAGAGUAAGACGUUUCGCACGGGGUGUGGACCAAAUUUCCAUCCAACAUUUGUAGUUUCCAUGACUACAAACCCAGAGAGAAUGACCUUAGUAAUCCAAGAUCAACACUGCACAGUAGUCUGGGAACAUGGUUUAUACAUACCAAGUCCUUCAUCAAGGAAGAUUUCGGCAGACGGUACAUUAGAGAAAUCAAAGUCUCUAAAGAGGAAACUCUUCAACAUCCUGAAGGAUUUGAAAGAUGAAAACUUCAAGAACUUUAAGUGGUAUUUAGAGGAUGAACCAUCGGACAGCUCCUCACCAAUCCAAAAGGCAGAACUCGAGAAUGCUGACAGACAGGAUGUUGUGGAAUUGGUUGUGCACCGCUUUGGAUGUGAAGGAGCUUUGAAGGUGAUAGAGAAAGUUUUAAAGGAUAUUGGCAUGAACAAUCUGGUGGAGGAACUACAGAACCCGAGAUUUCAUUAAGGUUCAGUUAUAUUAGCUCACUGGUGCCUCUUCCAGCAUAAGGCUGAACAUUUUACCGAGGUGUUCAAAAAAUUGUUUAAACAGAUUUAUUCUUAUUUUUUGCUGAAAAUAUAAAGGAGUUUAAAGGAAGAUAAGGAAUCCUUUAAAAAAUAUGUCAAGCACUUGUUGAGAAUUAAAAUUAUUUAUUUUCAUACUAUGUGUUCAGUUUGCAUGUGUAUGCAUAAAACUGGAAUAUAUCAUAUAUUGUAAACCUGGGACCGCAGGGAGAGAGAGGUCACAGCAGGGUUCAGGCUGGAAGAAGAGUCAACCUCAGGUCAGAAUGAUCGCCAGCAGCUGUAAGCAGUAAAUGCCGGCUGUUGGGCAUGGUAUAGAUAAUAAAGUACUCCAAUGGGGGUUGGCUAAUUUACAGCGGCGACAUAGACUUUGUAAAUAAUUCUUGUAGGGGAGGUUUCCGCAGUCAGCUUUGAAGUUCAAUGAGGGUAUAAAAACCUUUAACAUUGAUAAUGAGACAGACACUCAGUGAAUACAUUCUAGCUUUGCUGAUCCGAGUCUCUCUCUAAGGCCUUAGGUAAUCUUUCUUCUUUUGUAUUAUCCUUUUGUAUUCAAGUAUGCAUUGGAAAUCAUUGGACUUAUAUUUGUAAUUAAACUUGUGUUAAUCUGAA